GGCCAACGUUAGUGCGACUUUUGAGUCAACGCAGAAGUCUACCUAUUCUUGGCUUUAUGUACCUUUCGGCGUCCGUGUGUUUGACGGCUAACCGCUUUCAGAAGGAUUCUGUCAAGUAACAUAGCCAACAGGCAUUGCGCGGCGAUCUUUUUCUUUCAUGAACCUAUCGGCGUCCGUGUGCUCCGCGGCUAAGCGUAUCCAGAAGGAGCUCGCGGACAUCAGCGCGGAGCCUGAUUGCUUCUUCUAGCGACCAGGGACACACGGCGAAAAUCGUCAUUUCAUGAGCCUAUCGGCGUCCGUGUGCUCGGCGGCUAAGCGCAUCCAGAAGGAGCUCGCGGACAUCAGCGCGGAGCCCGCGCCGGACUGCUGGGCGGGGCCCAAAGGCGACAACCUCUUCCAGUGGGUCGCUACAGUGUUCGGCCCGAAAGACUCACCUUAUCGUGGGGGAGUGUUCUUCCUCGAUAUCGCCUUCCCCCAGGACUACCCCUUCAGGCCGCCACAGGUGUGCUUCCGCACGCGCGUGUACCACUGCAACGUGUGCAGCGCCAGUGGGCGCAUUCGGCUGCAUCUGCUGGAGGAUGGGUGGAGCCCUGCCAUGACCGUGGGCCGCGUGCUGCAAGCCGUCAUCCACCUGCUCCGCUUCCCCGUGCCAGAGGAAGCGCUGGUGGGGUGCAUAGCGCAUCGCUUUGUUUUUGACCGCCCCUCACACGACCGCAUAGCUGCUGAUUGGACGAGGCGGUUCGCCACCUGAUGCUUCCGCCGCGCGUAGCAAAGCUCGAAAAUCAGCAGCGUGCCAAGGAAGGAGAACUCUGUUUGGGAGAACUCUGUUUGGGAGAACUCUGUUUGGGAGAACUCUGUUUGGGAGAACUCUGUUUGGGAGAACUCUGUUUGGGAGAACUCUGUUUGGGAGAACUCUGUUUGGGAGAACUCUGUUUGGGAGAACUCUGUUUGGGAGAACUCUGUUUGGGAGAACUCUGUUUGGGAGAACUCUGUUUGGGAGAACUCUGUUUGGGAGAACUCUGUUUGGGUGUUACCGCUGCUGUAGAGCUGUGCCUGAAGUGAUCACUGUGGUGUCGAGAGGGUGGUGGUACAACACAGCCGCAGCUGCAGCACACUCAUACUGCCUCAGCCAUGCUCCCCAUACUCGCACAUCCUCCAGUCUGGCCUCAACCCAUUCCUGCCCCGUCUUCUCCAUGCCACCUUGCAAAGAGGAGCCGCACGGCCCGCACCCAUAGGGCACGCGCAGGAGCAGGUGAUUCUGGCAAAUGCCAGGGGAAGCCUCACCAGUCGGCUGUGUCCACGGAAGCAUCCCCACCGUCAGCAGCAGCAGCAUCAACGGCUAUCAAGCCCCCUCAAGAACCAUCACCGGAGGGGCUGGCGGUUGGGAGGAGGGGGAUGGUUCUGGGCGCAUCCCUUGCUGCGUCCGGGCUGGUUGGAGGGUCGCUGGUGGGGGUGGAAGGGGGUGCAGAGUGGUGGAGAGCGGUGGGAGUGGGCGCUGCCUGGGGUGUGGAGGCUCGGCAGUUUGGCGAUGCCAAGAGCGUGGAGAUUCGACAAAUGAAGGAGAACUUCGGGGUGCUUCUAAUGAAUACAGCAGAGGAGGUGAUCAACGAGCUGGGGAUGAAGACCGGUGCUGACUACAAGAAAGAGUUCUUUCGGCUGCGGCAGCAGGAGUUCCAGCCGCUCAAGAAGGCCAACUUCGGAGGGCUGGCGUCGCUAGGGCAAAGCUUCACAGUGAACGAUGUGCCCUACUUCAACUUCCAGUCGUACAUCCAGUGGAAGCUCAUUGCACGCCUGUUCCCCACUCCAAGAGUUAGGGAGGAGAUCAGCCUGCGCCUGGGAAGAAAGCUGCUGGACCGAGUGGCACCAGAAGCAGUCACCCUCGCUCUUGCACUUCCUCCCCCCUCCUCCCUCCCCGCCUCCCCCUCUCCCUCCAUAUCCCCCUCUUCCACCUCCUCUCUCCCCUCCUCCUCCUCCACCUUCUCCCCACUCUCCCCCUCCUCCUCCCUACCUUUCGGCCGCAUCGCCAUGUCAGCACCGCCACCAUCAGCAGGACAGGUGGACGAUCAGGAUUGGCUGGAUCCCCCUUCGUUGCUGUCGAAGCAGUCUCUCCCGCCACCACUAGGAGCAACAGCACCAGCAGAAGGGGCAGCAGGAGGAGCGGGUGAGGUGCAGCCGGCAGGGAUGGUGGCCGGGGUGGAAGAGAUUCUGCAGCGCCUGCUGGAUGUGGGAUUCUUGCAGGCGUAUUCAGUGGAGUGGUUGCCUGCAAGCGACGCGGGAUGGGAUGUGACCCACCGUGGCAGAAUGCAAGUGAAGGUGCAGGGUCCUGCGAAUCUGGAUGGUGCGGUGCUGCUGAGAGCUGAGAGCAACUAUGGCCAGCGCUAUUCGUCCUCUAUCAUCCGAGCCUUCUUUGAGCGAAUGGGGGUUCAGGCUGACGUGGAUGAAUACUUCUACAGGGAAAAGCUUAAUUACAAGCCCAAGUCCCUUCUCGAGCAAGCAGUGCUUUCUCUUGGCGACCCACUUGUCCCUGUGGUGAAUCAGUUCGAUGUGGAUGAAAUUGUCGAGACGUGGGAUCUCCGUUUGCCAGCUCAGCAGCAGUGACUCGACGAAUGUCUUGUUACCUGCACCCCUGAGGAUUCCUUGCGACGUCAGCUCAGCAAGUACUCAAAGUUCAGGCAGCUGCCGACCAUUGCAGCUGGUCUGGUCUGGUGGUCGCAGCUUGGAAAGGAAAUUGUCAUAUGGAAACCAAUUUGGUAACUUUGCUAGCUAAGCUGUCUCCAGUACCAAUUAUGGUUGGAUCUUGCAACAACAUAAUUCGGCACUUCUAUUACUAAAACAAAUGUAAUAAAUGUGUUUGCAUGUCA